CCGGGCCAGCAAGAGAGAGAGGAACAUGUGACAUUUGACUGUGCCCUGCACUCACUGGUAGAAGAAUCAAUCCGCACGGAGACUAAAGUGGGUUUCAGGAUGGUGAAAGAGGAGCCCCCAAAGGACUUGCAGGAGCUGCAGAAGCUGUCUUUGUUGAUAGAGUCCAUCCAGACUAAGGCAAAGGUGGUUGCCUUUAUGAAGUCUCUGAUGGGUCAGUACUUGGACAGGCAUACUUUUCUUGUGCUCGCCUUGCUAGUGUGCAUUGCCAUGUCAGCCGUUCCGGUUGGUUUCUUCCUGCCGUUCGUGGUGCUUACAUCACUAACAGCUUUUGUUGGAGUCAUAUCACUGGAAGGACUGGUGAUUUCUGUGGAUGGCCUCUUACUGCUUUGUGUCCCCUGUGGCUUGUCAGGGACAAUCACCGUGUCUUAUGUGGUGGUCUCCAGCCUCAUCAGCUGCUGGCUUUCUCCCCGACCAUGGCACAGCAAAACCCUGGUGGUGACUGUCAGCUGGCUAUGAAGUCCAUAGGCUUUGAAUGGCUCUACCAGAAAUGACCACC